AUGUGUGCUUACAGUUCCCUACUGAACCAAACCUUCAUUCGCAACUCUCCUCCCAUAGAAUGGUCCAAUCUCGUAGCUGUUGAUCAUAAACUCUACGCCAUCAACAAAGAAGAUGACUUCACCUCCUGCUCGUCAAACGUCUUCUUCCUCGACCGCCGAACGCACACGUGGGUGGUCGAAGGACUUGUUGAUUCAGCGUCUGGUAGGAGUGUUUUCCUUACAAAGGACUUGGUAGAGUUUGGUAGUGCUUGUUUGAUAGAGAAAAUAUACUAUUGUUAUGGAUCUACUGGAGAGUUUCUUUGGUCUAACAAUAGCGCCGAGGUAGAUGGUUGGAAGAAAGUUGAAGGUUUGGAAGGACUGUCUAAGCUUGCCCGUUAUAGCAAUGUUAAUUUGGUUGAUUGUGGUGGUAAGAUGCUGGUGUUUUGGGAUAAGUAUGUGCCUGCUGGGAAUAUGGAGAAGAUGAUUUGGUGUGCUGAGAUUUCUCUGGAAAUGCGCAGCAGCGGUGAACAGGUUUGGGGGAAGGUCGAGUGGUUCGAUGCUGUGCUUAAAGUACCCAAGUCUUACAAAUUCGUGUAUUCCAUUGCUGCUACCGUUUGAUUAACGACUCACGAUGUGUGCGUUUGUCUUGUGUGUGAAUAUGAUGUGUGCGUUUGUCUUGUGUUUUUAGGGGACAAUGGUUCCCUUAUAGACAUAUGUAUUCACUAGCUUACUUACUCUGUGUCUUUGAAAACACUUUUUGUUUGUGUUGAUGUUGCAUUAGUUGCUACGGUU